AUGGCCGACAAGCCCGCCUUGACGGCCAAAUUGGUCCUUGAUGCCCAUGUCAAGGGCGACGUCGGUGUUAUUGCUACCGACCUCUUCGCCGACCUCUUCCCCCAUCUCUGGGCUAAUGGAGAUAGCCAGGACACCGUUCAUGUCGCAAUUGCUCCCUGGGCACCGAGCCAGACCCCCGAGGCCAACAACUGGUCUAUUAUACCCGUCACACGAUCUUCCACCGUUGCGCCGUCCACCGUACAGUUAUCGCCCUCGUCGCUCGCCCUCCAGUCUUUCGCGACACACCUCCAGCAGGUUGCGCCCUCGAAGCUUUCCGGUCAUAACAAGGGUGGCAUUGAGAUCCUGAUCUUGGAUGUCUCGGCCAUUGAGCUGGAUACUGUCUUCGUAAGCCUCGAUGGGGAACUGGCCAAGAGACUGGAGAAUGGGGAGGGUACCUUCUUCCGUGAACAUCCCGUCAACGGGAAGGGCAAGGCCCGCGCCGAUGCUACUCCUGAGGAGCACUUGACAGCUGCUCUGCGCACUGCCCUUGGCACCUUGAAGAUUGUCCACUCUGGGGAUCUCUUCCCGUUGCCACUACCGCCUCACCCAGUUACCCACCAGCCUCCGGCCCCGGGAAGGAUAACGCUUUGCGAACCUGUGGCACAGGGUCUUCUCGCCCCUGCCACAAAGAUUAUCGUGACGAGAACGCGCACAAGCAAGAGCAAGCGCAACUCUGCGCCAACACAGCAACAGGGCCGCAAACUGAACGGAGUAACCGAAGAUGACGAAGAUGCCUACUUUUCGGCGGCCGAGGACGAACGCGAUGGCAAAACCGAUGGCCAAACGGCCGAAACAGACGCAGACGAUACCGAAUUCGAGCCACAGGUUGGGGAAGAGGAGGAUAAUCUAUCAGACGACUCCAUGGACGAAAUGAUAUCCCUUCAAGCCCCCACCCUGCCCACUACGGUCACCGGCCAAUCUACAAUAGGAACGGGCACCCCUAUGACGGUCAGGGGCAGGAAGACCAACGGCCCUGGAUCAGUUAUCUCUAGUUAUACUGCCACCACCGCCAGACCAGACCGGCCUCGUGGCCGGCUGUUCAAGGCGCAGGGACUGAUGAAGCCUAUCCCGCCUGAGCUUCUCCACCCCAAACCUACGCCCGAGGACGACGAAGAAGCGCGCAUCUAUGUUGAUAUGAGGGACCUUACCAGGGUGGGCUGCUUCUCUGGAGACUGGGUACGAGUUGAGGCCGCCUCCGAACCUCCCUCCAACGGGCUCGGCGCGUUUGGCCUGGGAAGCUUUGUGGCACAAGAAGCAGACGAGACCAACUGGAGAACCGCGAAGGUUUUCGGUUUGCCUGAAGGUUACUCGAGCCGCUCGGCGACCAGGAUACACCACUCUAGGAGUGAUAGUCGGAACUCGUCCUUCUUUGAGGCGCAGUCACAAAAGGCGAGCCCACCGGUUUAUACCUCUCCUAUUUUGCUCGCAAACUUGGACAACCCUCCGUAUCUUCGUCUAUCACCAAUCAAGCGCCCUUCGAACCCCAUAAUGAAGGGCGUCGCAGCCCAGUCCAAGACCAGCUCAGCCUUGAAGCCACCAUUUGCUCGUGAGGUGAUCCUGCAACACGUGAGGACGCCCACGGCAGUCGAGAGGGACGUGCAGUCUGCUGUCAUGGCUGGCCUGAAACACUAUUUUGCAAGGAGGCUGCGGGUUCUCAAGACUGGGGAUCUUAUUGCUGUGCCCAUUGACACCCAGUUGGGCAAGGCUCUUCAAGAGAGUACAAUCCCUGGCGAGGAUUCCGCCAUCGAUGAGGUUCUGGGUUUGAUCGCCGCAACACGGCCCGGACAGAGCCUUCAUUACGAUGAUGUUGCCUGGUUCAGGGUUGGCCACGUUCAGGCCCUGAAGCAAGAUGUCACAGAAACCGUUGACGGCGAAGAGGAAGAGGACCCAUGGGGCGGAAUUGCCUGUGUAGACAUCUCCCUCACGCACCUGGAACAAACAGGAUCCGUCACAGGCCGCGUCCCGGGCACGAUAUCAAACAGCUGGCAGUACUACCUGGGUAUCAAGAAGCUUCCCAAGCACAACCAAAGCCCCGGGUCACCUGCUCAGCUGCAAACGCUAGAGCCCGAGAAGCAAUAUGUCUCAUCACUCAGGAGAAAACUCCGAGAACUCAUGGCUGCCGCCACCAGCAAACCAGCGCUCCAUCUUAACCUGCCACCGCUGGCCAUCCUCCUUGUCUCGACGCAGAGGCACAUCGGCAAGGCAGCCACAGCCACGCAAGCCUGUUCAGACAUUGGCCUGCACACGUUCGCCAUAGACGCUUAUGACAUUGUAAACGAUGGCGGCGGCGGAGGUGGCAGCGAUGUCAAGACUGCCGGUUUCCUAACAUCGCGUGCCGAACGUGCCAUGAGCUGCGGCCCCGAAUCAUGCGUCCUCCUGGUCCACCACAUUGAAGCCCUCACUGCCGACCGCAUGGUUUCUUCCAUCAAGGAGAUCUUGGCCGACGCUAGGGUUUUGAUUGCCACCACCACCGAGGUCGAGAAGAUCCCGGACGGCAUCCGUGCCCUCUUUACCCAUGAGUUGGAGAUGAAUGCUCCCGACGAGCAAGAGAGAGAGGGUAUCCUCAGCUCCAUCCUCGCCGACCGCGGCAUCGGUCUUGACCCCGAGGUGGAUCUCAGCGGCAUCGCACUCAAGACCGCCGCUCUCGUAGCAGGCGAUCUCGUUGAUGUUGUUGACCGUGCUUUGGUUGCCCAGCGAUCCCGCCUCGAGAAGCUCACCGCCAAGUCAACGGGCAGCAUCACCUUCCGUGACGUCCAGCUCGCCGGUGGCCCUGCCGCCUCCGGUCUCACCAAGCAGGAUUUCGAACUCGCCGUUGACGCCGCCCGCAAGAACUUUGCCGAUUCCAUCGGCGCCCCCAAGAUCCCCAACGUCACAUGGGACGACGUCGGUGGUCUCGGCAACGUCAAGGACGCCAUCACGGAGACCAUCCAGCUGCCGCUCGAGCGCCCCGAGCUGUUCGCCAAGGGCAUGAAGAAGCGCUCCGGCAUCUUGUUCUACGGACCUCCCGGUACCGGCAAGACGCUGCUGGCCAAGGCCAUCGCCACCGAGUACAGCCUCAACUUCUUCUCCGUCAAGGGUCCCGAGCUGCUGAACAUGUACAUUGGUGAGUCCGAAGCCAACGUGCGGAGGGUGUUCCAGCGUGCUCGCGACGCCCGCCCUUGCGUCGUCUUCUUCGACGAGUUGGAUUCCGUCGCGCCCAAAAGAGGUAACCAGGGCGACAGCGGUGGUGUCAUGGACCGUAUCGUAUCGCAGUUGCUGGCUGAGCUCGACGGCAUGUCGGGCGGCGAAGGUGGAGGCGGCGUGUUCGUCAUUGGUGCGACCAACAGACCUGAUCUGUUGGAUCAGGCGCUGCUGAGACCCGGUCGCUUCGACAAGAUGCUGUACCUGGGUGUCUCGGACACGCACGACAAGCAGGUGACUAUCAUGGAGGCUUUGACUAGGAAGUUCACCCUCCACCCAACCGUCUCCCUCCGCGCCGUCGCCGAGUGUCUCCCCUUCACCUACACGGGCGCCGACUUCUAUGCCCUCUGCUCCGACGCCAUGCUCAAGGCCGUCACGCGCCAGGCCACGCUCGUCGACACCAAGAUCAAAGAACUCAACGCGGCCGCCGGGCCUGAGGGCAAGCAGGUGUCGACCGCUUACUUCUUCGACCACUACGCCACCAAGGAGGAUAUUUCCGUCAUGGUCACCGAGCAAGACUUUUUAGAUGCCCAUAAGGAACUGAUUCCGUCGGUGAGCGCGGGUGAACUGGAGCAUUAUGAGCAGGUUAGGGCUAUGUUUGAGGGGACUAAAGACAAAAAGAAGGAGGGGGAGACAAAUGGGAUUAAUGGACAUGGGGAGAACGGGAACAAUGGUACGCUGGCUAUCACUAUGGGAGAUGAAGAUGAUGUCGGAUCGAAUGGUGGAUCGAAGAAGGACCGCAAGGGAAAGGGAAAGGCGGUGGAUCAUGAAGUCAGUGGUAAGGGCAAGGGCAAGGGCAAGGAGGUUGUCUCGCCUUUCCAGGAGGCGGGAGGGGAUGAGGAUGAGGGGUUGUAUGACUAG